UGCUUGGUGACUCAUUGUUGUGUUAAUAGAGAGUCAGUAGUACAAGCUGGCAAGAUCUUACCGGUGCUGAACGCUGCUGCUAGCAAGUCAGAUCGCAUGCUAGCUUAUUCCUGCGGACUAGAAAAUUAUAUUGUUAAAAAAUGGAAGAGGGAAUAGGGGGGCGCAAGUACCAGCUCUUGGAUCUACCAUGGGAGGAUGUGCUGGUGACCCACAUAUUCUGCUACCUUCCACUACGCCACCUGAUUAGCCUACAGAGAGUGAGCAAGCAGUUCCAUGCGCUCAUCCAGGUCUAUCUGGCUAACUGUCGUACGUUUGACUUCACCCAGAUUGGUCACAGCAUACCCAAGGAGGCCUUCUGCUCCAUGCUGCGAGACAACAAAGUUCUCCAGAACCUGGCGCUCCAGAACUGCUCCGACUGGCUGACGGACAAAGAGCUGCUGCCGGUGAUUGGCCAGAACCAGCACCUGCUGCGGAUCGACAUGAGGGGCUGCGUGUGCCUGAGCCGCCACUCCCUGGUGGCGGUGUCGCUGAGCUGCUCCCACCUCCGGCACCUGGGCCUGGCGCACUGCGAGUGGGUGGACAGCCUGUCCCUGCGCAGCCUGGCCGACCACUGCAGGGGGCUGCAGUCCAUCGACCUGACCGCCUGCCGGCAGCUCAAGGACGAGGCCAUCUGCUACCUGGCUAAGAAGUGCCCCCGACUCCGGUCCCUGUCGGUGGCGGUCAACGCCAACAUCACCGACGCGUCCGUGGAGGAGGUGGCCAAGAACUGCCGGGAGCUGGAGCAGCUGGACCUGACGGGCUGCCUGCGGGUCCGCAACGAGUCUAUCAGGACGGUGGCGGAGUACUGCCCCAAACUGCAGUCCUUGAAGGUCAACCACUGCCACAACGUGACCGAGUCCAGCCUGGGCGUCCUGCGCAAACGCAACGUGGAGAUAGACGUGGAGCCGCCCCUACAGAGGGCGCUGGUUCUCCUGCAGGACGUGGUGGGCUUCGCCCCCUUCAUCAACCUCCAGAUCUAGCCAGAGGCCUGCCGAAUCUCUGCCCCACCGGACCUAGCAACACUGACCAGGUUUUCUCCUAUACUGCAGACGGUACUACUUCAGAGACAUCCUGUGUGCUGGCACACCAGAAGAGGAAUGCUAUAAUACAUGUUAUAAGGAAAUACACGUGCAGGAAACACACUGUACAAUGUGUCAAUUAUUUAUUCUUGUUGUAGAAAUGCAGCAUUAGAUCAAAUAUGUAAUAUUAACAGAUACAUAUUAGAUAUAUUUUCAGACUUAAUACUUAACGACGAAGAAUCACUUUCCCAGAAUAACUCCAAUGUGAGUUUGUGUAUUACAAUGCAGAAGAUAGUUUCACCAGUAUUGACACAAACCAUUAUCCAUGGCUUUAAAUAGGAAUUUAAACAUUUUUUUUAAAAAAGGGCAAAUGCAACCAAAGUACAGUCCAUUUGUUUUGUAUAGUCAUAGAGAAGCAUGCUGUAGUGCUAGUUUGCUUAAGUGUAUUCUGUAGCACGAUAGCAUUGAAAGCAGUCUUUCGUCUGUAAAUUGAGGCAUCUUGAAACAUGGUUUAAGUUCUUAGAUGCACUUGGGCUUUACUUCAAACUGUGCCCUAGGGGUUUUGUAUGUUGAGAGUGAAAAGUAAACCGAACCCUGGGCACCUCGACUUAUGUUUGAGGUGAAGGUCAAGAGGUAGUUUUGAACAAUGUGUAAAGCCAGACAGGUGUAUUGUAUAUCAUUUUUUAAGUGCAGUGUUCUUUGUUUCGUUUGAAAGCAUCCCUCUGUGCAGUCUUAAACGAUCGUUUCUAAAAGACACACCAAUAUAAACUUCAAGAGGACUGAUGCCUGUUUAAUAUUUCUUUAUAUCCCUGUAGUCCUCUUUAUGACUGUUAGCAUCACCUUAGUCAUUGUUUCGGAACUGAUAUAGGUUAGCUUUAUUUGUAAAGGUGUUACAAUUCAGUUUUUCCUUUUGGAAGAAAAUGUCUGAUGUUCAAUUUCAGAAAAAACUCUAACCUGUUGGACCUAAAUGAAAAUGCGUUGGUGUAAUUUAUUGUCAACUGAGAUUUAUGGAUAUUUUUUUAAAGUAAGAGUUGGGAUUAACACUGCAGGACUAUGGAAGUGGUACAAAAUGAUAAUGGCCUGUUUAGACAUUAUUUAAUUAGCAAAUUAUUCAAAAAUUAUUUCUCUUUUAUUGAACGAGGACCCGGUUUUCCUUGUACACAUUCACUGUUUCAUACUUCAGAAUAAAUGUCUUAGUUUAAAUACUUGCUUGGAAAAAUUGUAAAUAUUAUGAUGUGCAUUAUAUGAAUUGUCUUUUUUAUUGACAAAGUUGAUGUAAUUUAAACCAUGACAUUGUUUGCUGUUUUUGGUUUUCAGAAUUGGAAGAAUGAGAGCAAAUGUAACGGCGUAUGCAAUACUUCAUAUGCAAUGAGCUGUAUGAGAGAUUAUAAACUGUCUUAUUUAUGACCACGA